AUGACGCAGGGUGUGGAAUACCUCCACGCCCUAUACCAGUGUCGGGAGCUCAGCGCCGCGGUCGUGCGAUUUGGAGGUCAGAAGACCCUCUCCAAUAUCGAGCGGAGCAUCGGGGCGGGGCUUGCCGCGGUGCAGGCGUGUCUCGGGGCCACUCACUAUCCUGACAUCACCAGCGACCUGACGCAAGUGGCCGACCUGGUUCUCCAGAACGUUGAGGUCGCGGACUUUGAGUUUGCAUGUGCACCAUGCCCAUUGGGCAUCCAAGUGCUGGACCGCCUGCAGGAGGCAGUGUUCGGGUACGCCAGCCUGAAGGAGGCCUUCAUGCGAUGUGUGCACCAGGCGUCCCUCUCUGAGGCACGCCAGGCGCGCGACCUGUGCGUGGCCGCCCUGUUGGACGCGCUGUCGGUCCACAACGCGCUGAGCCUGCUGAGCCUGGCGCGGUCAGCGGGGUGCGCCCCUCUGCGCCGCCGUGCGCUGCGCCUGUCCACCUCCCACUUCUCCCUGGUCACCUCGCACGACUACGCCGGCCUGGUGACCAUGUCGCACGCCCACCUGGUAGAGCUGCUGUCCGAUGACGCCGUGGCGGUGGCCUCCGAGGCCGAAGUCUUCCGCGCGCUGGCGGCCUGGAUCGAGGCCGACCGCGACGAGCGCGCCCCGGACCUGCUGGAGACGUUCAAGGCCUGCAUCCGCCUGGCGCACCUGGGCUCCGAGGACCUGACCUACGUGGAGAGCCACCCCGUCAUCCUGGCCGACAUGCGGGUGCACGCCCUGAUCGCCAACGCCUUCCUGUGCCGCCUGGUGGGCGCGCCCAUCCUCUCGCCCUUUGGCUAUUCCCUGAACAAGAAUCCGCGCGUUGGGGUGGCCGCGGCCUGCAGGGGCCGGAGCGGGGCGGCGGAGGGCAGGCGCGCCGAGGCGGAGAUCGAGUUCAGCGUGCUGUCGCCCCCAGGCUCCCCCGGCGGGAGCGUCGGGGCCGACGGCGCGACCAGCCCUGCGCGCGCCGCGGGCUCAAAGCAGGGCGGCGCCUCCGGCCCCUCGCCCAGGCGCGGCGGUCCGGGCCACCAGCCCCCUCCCGCCAGCGUCUUCGAGGCGGCGCUGUGCCGCAUGGGCCGCGGCGCCCGCGUCGACCCGCAGAGCCUGCUGCUGCGCGAGGCGGCGGCCGCCGCCGCGUCCCUGGACGUGCCGUCCCCCUCCCGCCCCGUGUCGGCACGGGGAUUGGCGGAGCCCGGCCAGCCCAGCCGCGCGCGCCGCGCCGUCGGUGGCUGCAGCGGUCAGCCCCGCCCUAGCCGGCGGUCGCUGUUUGGCAAGGCCCUGGCUCCCAUCCGGCCCGAGGACGAUGUGCCCGGCUUUGGCACCCUGGAGGACAAGUCGCCGAGCUCCGUGGGCCAGACCAGCCUCCCCGCCGCCGCCCUGGGCGCCAGCACGCACGGCCUGCUGGUCUGCGGCGGCGCCGCUGCGAUGGAGAUGCUGGUGUCGCCCACACGGCGCGUGGGCGCCAGCGUCGCCGGCGCCGCGGCGCAGGACGGCGUUGCCGUGGCUUCCCGCCGCCGGCUGGCCUACUGA